AAGAAAAAGGAGAGCAAUGGAGGCUAGUUUGGGAAUUUGGGGGAAAAAAAUCCAGAGAUGAUGUUAAAGGAUGCAAAUGAAUUGAAAAAGGAUGAGGGAGAUCGCGGAGCGAAUUGAGAGGUUAUCUCAGAGCACCGGAAGUGAAAAGAGUACGAAGAUGUCGGUGUCGGCUAUAUUUGUCUCCAGGUUGUCGACUGCGCCUCAAUCCUCGCCGUCGUUCGGAAGAGGCGGCGGCGAGAAUUGGAGAAAGGGAAGUGCAAGAGUCGGAAUGGAGGGAGAUGGGUUGGCGAUAGAGUGCUCGUCGAGGCCGAAUAAGAAGGCGACGGCGCACCACAUGAAGACGAGGCCGAAGAAGACGCAGCCGUGGGAUAUAAAGCGGAAGCCGACGGCGUACCCUCCGUUGCCGCCGCUGCCUCCUGAUUGGACUCUGGUUUCCCCUGCUGCGCCCGAAGUGUCCUCGGAUGCACCUCCUACUUCACAACCAGCAACCGCUGGUUAGUCAGUAAUCGCAUUCUCAUUCUUGUGUUUGACAUGUUGUAUUUAACGCUGCUGCUGCUGCUUGUUAUUGCAUUUGUGUUUCCCCUUCCCGUUAAUUUCUCGCGAGACCCUCUUUUGCAUGAGGAAAAAGUUUUAUUUACACGCCCACUGUGGCUAGUCGUUACUAAUUUAGUUCAUAGUUUGUGUGAA